AUGUCUUCAAUUUUCUUCUCACCUUCUAGCAGCCGCAAUCUGCACAUUGUUGCUCUCAGAAUAACCCAAUUGGGCAGAUUUCAUCUCACUCCACAAUGGAGGAUAAGCGUUCUAUCAUCCCAGAGCGUAUUGACUGAGAAGCGCCAGAUUCAUUCCAAUGCACCAAGGCGGCCUUCUAAUACCCUUGGCCGUCUAGAAAACGCAACAUGUAUGGUCACGGGCGCCUCUUCGGGAAUCGGAUUUGCCAUAGCCCAGCGAAUGCUUCUCGAAGGAGCUGGGAAAGUCAUUCUUGUAGGUCGGAAUAGCGAGCAUCUGCAAAAUGCACUACAGCGCUUGGAGGAAGCCGUCCCGCCGAAACCUAUGCUGGAAGAGCCUCAAACAGCCGCAGAAGCUGCGUCACGGAAGGAGACAAAGGACGAAGCAGACUCAGUGACCAAACCCAGUAAAUGGGGGAAUUUUAGCUUGAAGCCCAAGCAGUUGCCUCCAUCUGCAAUGGUAACGGUUACGGAUCGAAUAUCCUUUAUGAUUGGGGACGUUGGGAGCCCGUCAUUUUGGUCCGGCGAAAUGAAAAAGGCCAUGAGCGACGUAGACAUCCUGGUCAACGCCGCGGGAGUUUCGCACUCAUCACUGCUCCCGUUCGCAAAAGACGAAGCCAUUUCGGAAAUGCUGAAUACAAAUCUACAAGGGACAAUAUUCGCUUGUCGAGCUAUGACCAGCCGUCUUCUCCGUCGACCUACGUCGUCCCACAGCGACAUCUCGAAAUGCAUCAUCAACAUUUCCUCCCUUCACGCGUUGAAAGGUGGAAUUGGAGCCGCUACGUACGCAUCUACCAAAGCCGGAGUGAUCGCUUUGACCCGCGCAAUUGCCGCGGAGGCCUCCACUUCAAGACAGGGGCCCAAGCUCCGCGCAAAUGUCAUUGUGCCAGGGUAUAUCAAGACGAAGAUGCUCGACGAAAUUCAGAAUUGA